AUGCGUCAUGCUCUUGGGUUCUACGGCGCAUUGACAAUAACUGGCCUUUACUCAGUUCACGACACUGCCCACGCAUUUGACCCAGCCAACCUCGACCACUUUGUCCCUGCUCUGAAACAUUGCAUUGCCACUCAUCCCAUCCUGAGUGCUGCGAUCCAAGGGCACACCACCGAGAGCCCCAAUUUUAUCCGGCCUGCAUACCUGGACCUUCGACACCAUUUGCACCUUCAUGCAUCCCUACUCAAAGACGACCUGAGCAUGAUCACAGAGGUAACCAAGAAGAUACACGAUCAGCUUUUUCUUCAGGUGGAUCAGCGUCCUCCGUGGAAGGUUUUUAUUGUCCCUGUUGCUGAUGAGCUGGGUAGCGAGGGAGCACGAAGAGCGUAUGUUAUAUUCGCUUACUCUCACUCCCAUGGCGAUGGAAAGUCAGGUCUGGCUUUUCAUAGAAGCUUCCUAGAGGGCCUCCAAGCUGGCUGUGACUUGUACGACCAAGACUAUAUCUGUCGGCCUUCUGCAUCGCCCAUUCCACCGCCUCUGGAGGAAGCGUGCGACCUGACAAUUAGUUGGUCCUACUUGCUUCUCAAUCUCCUUGGUCCUCUCAUCCCAAGCUUUGCCGCCAAUUAUUUUGGUCACACACAGCCAGCAAUCAGCAACACUUGGACUGGGAUAGCUAUGUGCCAUGAACCUUCAGAUUUCCAUACCGGCUCGCAAGCUCUACUGGUCGAGAAGUCUCUCCUCGAUGCCGCGAUAAGGGUUUGCAGGGAGCAUGAUGUGAAAUUCACAGGAUUCUUCAAUCAGCUCGUCGCGCAUAUACUUGACGAUGCUCUCCCACGAGAUGUUGGCACAGAAAAUCUGCUCGGCCAGAUAGUCAUUGAUCUAAGAGGGCAGACUGCUGCGUAUUCCGAAGAUCAAAUGGCAAAUAGUGUUUCAGCACUCUAUGUGUCAUCCCCUAGAUCUCACUCGAUGUCGAGCAAGGGCGCAACAGCUUUGAAGCACGACAGUGCAUUGUGGGACACGGCGCGGAGGACAACGAUCCAACUUGCCAGUUCUGCAAGCACCCUCGCUGACCAGCCCAUAGGGCUCCUGAGAUACUUGAGCCAGUUUCGUCCUUGGUUUGUAAAUCAACUAGGGAAGAAACGAGAAUCAUCUUAUGAGAUCAGCAACGUUGUGGUUUUUGACCCGCAGUCGUCAGAGCCCUCGACCUUUUCCAAUACAGGUCGAAAGGACUGCAACAUUGAAAGAGUGUUGUUUUCACAACCGGCGAAUGUCACGGGGAGUGCUUUGAACUUCCAACUUGUGACUCGGAAAGGUGGCGACAUGGUGAUCACCUUGAAUUGGCAACUGGGCAUUUUGGACGUUCCCGAUGAGGAUCUAUUCACCCGGGAUAUCUUACGAAGAGUCCGUGAGUUGUUGACUGAAGUUUGCCAGUAA